CCCGGGGACCCGCCCCGCCCGGGGACCGGACCCGCCGCCCUUCGCGCCUGCGCGGGGCCCGCCCGGGGGCCAUGGCUCUGAGGCUGCUGCGCGCCGCGCCGAAGGCAGCGAAGUCAUCACUGCUUUGCAGCUCUCUGAGGAGCACCAGCUCUAAGACAGGAGGAAGAUCUGAACCUGCUAAGCAGUCACCUAAGAAGCCGAAGUUACCAGUAGGUCGAUUUGAUGAACCAGAGGAGUCCAGUAUAGAGAGGGAACCCCUGGAAAAAUUCCCUGAUGGCAUCAAUCCUGUUACAAAAGAGAGGGGUGGACCUAGAGGCCCUGAACCUACACGCUUCGGAGACUGGGAGAGAAAAGGACGUUGUAUAGAUUUUUAAUGUAUAAAAGUGUCUGUAUUGACAAUAAAAUAUUUGUAGUUGUUGAAAAAUAUAAUGUACAGAAAAUUCUGAACUGGAUUUGUUGUGAAGGUUCUUGUUUUUGUCAUACUUGUGAUGAAUUUUCUAAGGUACUAUGUAAAUAAACAUGGCUGCAGCUCAA